ACAGCUCAACUGUAUUAAGCAAGAUCGCAUAGAGCUCAAUUCUUAUAUGUAAAGCUAUCAACGUGUACAUUAACAAAACGAACCCUUCAAACUUUCUCGCCAUGCAUGUAAAGGCAGCUUAUUUACACGGAGUUCUCUUGUUAGUUACGUUGCACGUGAUACAGAUUCCACAUAUAGCAAGUGGAAGCAACCCUACCGGUGAAGAUUCAAACUUCGACGGAACACUUAAUCUGAUAGAGGUCCUCAACACAAGCGAAGAUUCCUGGGUUUACUUCCAGACGUAUAGUAAUGCAUAUCCGAUGACCUUAGAUAAGCAAGACACCACAAUUGUGGUCACAUGCAUAAGACAUCGCAAGAUCGACGUAACAGAAAAUCAAUACAACUUUACCGUGUAUGAGUCACUAAAUGAUACAGAGGUAGCGGGCAAUCGUACAGGAAGAUUUAUAUACCCAGGCAACGACACGAAUAAACCACCAAUAUCGACGACGGUUCACCGAGAUUCAGAUGAACCAGAUUACAUGGUGACACUUGUCUAUACGGACCCAGAUUCUCAUGACUGCAACGUGUAUUCUAUAUCCUACAUGGAGGACGAUCUAGCGGAUGAUUUCCCUACGUGUGAAAUGCACAUAAAGAACAGUAGUGUGCAUGACGGACCCACCACAAGUUGCAGCAAUUACUACGAGAGCAAAUGCAACGGCACAAAGUAUCAACCUUACAGCCAGCAGUGUAGCAUUAAAGGCAGAGCUGUUAAUGUCUACUCGUAA